CAGACGCUUUGCUGUUCAGUUGCUGUACAAGAAAUGAAAGUUCUUUAAGACAAAAAGGUAUAAAUGAGUGGUGUUUUAUCUAGUUACGUUGACAGUAAGCUUCUGUUGGAUUAAUUUCAGUCAAGAUUCUGAUUCAAAGCGUCACAAGUUUCCAGAGGAGUGAAAGUGAAAGAGAUUGUAAAUCAGGCGAAAGUGUAGAGCAACAAACAACAAUUAGAGAAAAUGGCCUCUGUGUCUUUCUCAGAAAAGGAUUUGUCCUGUCCUGUGUGCUGUGAAAUCUUCAAGGAUCCACUCCUUCUGACCUGCACCCACAGCAUCUGUAAAGCCUGUCUGCAGCGGUUCUGGGAAACCAAAGGAUGCAGGGAAUGUCCAGUAUGCAGGAGAAGAUCCCCCAAAGAAGAACUUCCUCUUAACCUGCAUCUGAAGAACCUGUGUGAGACUUUCCUACAGGAGAGAAAGAAAAGAGAACCAUUCUGCAGUCUGCACCGUUCAGAACUCAAGCUCUACAGUGAAGAUGACAAACAGCUUGUGUGUUUGGUGUGUCGAGACUCUAAACUCCACAAAACCCACAACUUCAGUCCCAUCGAUGAAGCAGCACUUGAGCAUAAGGAAGAACUGAAGGUCAAACUGCAGCCCAUACAGAACAAGCUGGACACCUUUAAAAAGGCUAAAGAAACCUGUGAUGAAACUGCCCAACACAUUACAGUCCAGGCUCAACACACAGAGAGGCAGAUCAAGCAGGAGUUUGAGAAGCUUCACCAGUUUCUACAAGAUGAAGAGGCAGCCAUGAUAGCUACACUGAGGGAGGAAGAGGAGCAGAAGAGUAAGAUGAUGAAGGAGAAGAUUGAGAAGAUGAGCAGAGAGAUCUCAUCUCUUACAGACACCAUCAGAGCCAUAGAGAAAGAGAUGGGAGCUGAUGACAUCUCAUUUCUACAGAACUACAAGAGCACAGUGGAAAGAGCCCAGUUCACACUGCAGGAUCCAGAAACAGUUUCAGGAGCUCUAAUCAAUGUGGCAAAACAUCUGGGCAACCUGAAGUUCAGAGUUUGGGAGAAGAUGCAGAAUGUGGUUAAAUACACUAGUGUGACUCUGGAUCCCAACACGGCAUUCCCAGAACUCAUCCUGUCUGAGGAUCUGACCGGUGUGAGAUGGGGUGAUGAGGUGCAUCUGCUUCCUGAUAACCCAGAGAGACUAGAGAAGCAUGCCAGUGUCCUGGGCUCUGAGGGCUUCAACUCAGGGACUCACUGCUGGCAUGUGGAGGUUGGAGACAGUGUUAGCUGGUUCCUGGGGGUGAAGACAGAGUCUGGGGAGAGGAAGGGAUGGGAUCCCGAAAUGAGUGGAGUCUGGAGAGUGCAAUUUUCUAAUGGGAAUUAUACAGCACACUCACCAUCCCAGCCAGACACCACCAUCACAGUGCAGCAGAAACUCCAGAGGAUCAGAGUGCAGCUGGACUGGGACAGAGGAAAACUCUCAUUCUCUAACCCUGAUAAUGACACACACAUACACACUUUCACACACACUUUCACAGAGAAACUGUUUCCAUACUUUUACACAUACUCUUCUCUGAGGAUUUUACCAGUGAAGGCUGCAGUAUCAGUAGAGCAGCUCAGAACUGAACUGGACGAGCAGGACAAAUGCAGAGUUGCUUGGUGUCUGGAGAUGAUGGAGGAGGGUGUGGAGGAGCCAUGCCACUGCAUCCUCCGUCCCUCGUUUCAGCCUGCAUGCAAACUGCUGUGGGUUCGGUUGUGGUCUGACGACUGGCAGGAUGACGUGAAGGAUGAUCUUCUCCAUACAUUUCAUGACUAUGGGUCUUCUGUGAUUCUGGAUCCCAACACUGCAAACCCAGAACUCAUCCUGUCUGAGGAUCUGACCCAUCAGGAGUUUGAGAAGCUUCACCAGUUUCUACGAGAUGAAGAGGCAGCCAGGAUAGCUGCACUGAGGGAGGAAGAGGAUGAGAAGAGUCAGAUGAUGAAGGUGAAGAUUGAGAAGAUGAACAGAGAGAUCUCAUCUCUUACAAACACAAUCAGAGCCAUAGAGAAGGAGAUGGGAGCUGAUGACAUCUCAUUUCUACAGAACUACAAGAGCACAGUGGAAAGAGCCCAGUGCACACUGCAGGAUCCAGAGAGGGUUUCAGGAGCUCUGAUCAAUGUGGCAAAGCACCUGGGCAACCUGAAGUUCAGAGUCUGGGAGAAGAUGCAGGAGAUUGUUCAGUACACUCCUGUGAUUCUGGAUCCCAACACUGCAAACCCACAUCUCACCCUGUCUGAGGAUCUGACCCGUGGGAGAUUCAGUUUGGAGAGGCAGCAGCAGCUUCCUGACAACCCAGAGAGAUUCAUGUGUAGAGAUUUUUAUGUUUCCUGUGUCCUGGGCUCUGAGGGCUUUAACUCAGGGACUCACUGCUGGGACGUGGAGGUUGGAGACGGUAGAUCCUGGGACCUGGGAGUGAAGACGGAGUCUGGGGAGAGGAAGGGAGGGAGUUCCAUCAGGAGUGGAGUCUGGAGUGUUUAUCAUUUUGAUGGUAAUUACAAAGCACGCUCCCCAUCCCAGCCAGACACCCCCAUCACAGUGCAGCAGAACCCCCAGAGGAUCAGAGUGCAGCUGGACUGGGACAGAGGAAAACUCUCAUUCUCUAACCCUGAUAAUAACACACACUUACACACUUUCACACACACUUUCACUGAGAAACUGUUUCCAUUCUUUUACACAUACCCAUCAUCUCUGAGCAUCUCACCAGUGAAGGCUGCAGUAUCAAUUGAGAGGUAG